GAACCUGUUCGGCACAGGUGAGUCCUUCAUGAUCUCCAGCCAACUCCCGACCAACACCAAGCAAGUCCAAAUAAUAGAGAUAGUGAGAUACGAUGUUGUUCAUUGCAUCAAUAUCACCUUGACCGCAAACAAUAUCACCGUACAUGACAUUCAUAGUGGUUCCAAAUCCAGUUACACGUUUGGCCAAUGUGUCAUUCUUUGUGGGUUUCCAGUUCCCGACAAAUACAUCGUGGGCAGAAGGUAUGCUGCGUUUGGGAGACGUCAUCCAAGACCAAAUUGCCGCCUGGAAUGCGAGAGUUGCAUUUUGUUCAAUGUAUUCGGGAUGGUUCAACAAGUCAACCUUAAUGGCUUGGCCUAUUUUCCCUACGAAAGUAGAAACAGAAUGGUAGAAAUCCACCACUGGGUUUUAGUUCGAUCACAAAACAGCUCACAAUUGUCUUCUAAAAAUACAUAUAACUACCUGAGGUUGGUAAAUGAAGGGUGGGAGGUGGGGGCG